UUUAUAUACAACAUACACAAUUUAGCUAGCAACAAAACAUGAGUCAUUUUAAGCUCAAUGUUUACAUCAUCCAUCAUAUGUUUUUGGCUACAUGUUUUCUUGUAACAUCGCUUGAGGCAGUUCCGAUGUUGUUGUUUCAGGGGUUUAACUGGGAAUCAUGCAACAAGCAGGGUGGAUGGUACAACUCGUUGCUUAAUUCCAUCGAUGACCUUGCCGCGGCUGGAGUUACCCAUAUUUGGCUCCCACCACCCUCCCAGUCUGUUGCACCUCAAGGAUAUAUGCCAGGAAGAUUGUAUGAUCUGAAUGCAUCUAGCUAUGGAAAUCAAGAUGAACUCAAGUCUUUGAUCAAAUCAUUAAAUAACAAAGGAAUCAAAGCAAUUGCAGACAUAGUCAUAAACCACCGGACAGCUGAAAAGCAAGAUGGAAGAGGAAUAUGGUGCAUCUUUGAAGGCGGGACUCCAGAUGACCGCCUUGAUUGGGGUCCUUCUCUCAUAUGUAAAGACGACAUUCAGUAUUCUGAUGGAAACGGAAAUCCAGACACUGGAGAAGACUUUGCAGGUGCCCCGGAUAUUGAUCACCUUAACAAAAGAGUCCAAAAGGAAUUAUCUGACUGGAUGAAUUGGCUUAAGUCCGAGAUAGGCUUUGAUGGGUGGCGGUUUGAUUUUGUGAAGGGGUAUUCUCCAAGUAUAACCAAAGUCUAUGUGGACAAUACGUUUCCAAGUUUUGCGAUAGGAGAGUAUUGGAGUUCUCUGGCUUAUGGGCAAAAUGGAAAGCCGGAAUACAACCAAGAUCAUCACAGAAAUGAGCUUGUGCAAUGGGUGCAACAAGGAGGUGGUGGUAUUUUGACUGCUUUUGAUUUUACUACAAAGGGUAUACUUCAAGCAGCAGUGGAGGGUGAGUUGUGGAGAUUGAUUGACCCAAGUGGUAAGCCACCAGGGCUGAUUGGAGUUUCUCCAGCAAAUGCUGUGACAUUUAUCGAUAAUCAUGACACGGGUUCAACUCAAAAUCUUUGGCCAUUUCCUUCUGAUAAAGUUAUGCAAGGAUAUGCUUACAUCUUCACCCAUCCAGGGAUCCCUUCCUUGUUCUAUGACCACUUCUUCGAUUGGGGCCUCAAGGAUGAACUAUCAAAAUUAUCAUGGGCUAGAGCAAAACAUGGGAUUGGUGCAACCAGUCAUGUUAAGAUAUUGGCUUAUGAGGCCGAACUCUAUGUUGCAGAGAUCGAUGAAAAGAUCAUAGUCAAAAUCGGGCCAAAGAAUGAUCUUGGAAAUCUUAUUCCACCAAACUUUCAAAUUACUACUUCUGGGGAGAACUAUUGUGUAUGGGAGAAACAACCAUAAUUUUAAACAAGUCAUUGCAAAUUUGCAAGUUGAUUUGGUUUGAUCAAUCAUCUUAGCUGUGAAAAUACAAACUAUAUUGUACAUUUUAGCUCUUAUAACAAUACAUUGGAUUAAUAUUA